AUGCUUGAUAUCAGUAUGAGAGCUUUUCCCUCUAUUCCUGAAAAAGACAUACUUGCAGAGUAUCUCAGGGAAAAUCUUGCACAGAGACUUCUGAAUCAUGAAACUGCAGAUGAUACUCGUGAAAGAAUCAUACUGGGAAAAUUGAAGCAGGAAUGUGGAGAACAAUUUACGUCCAAAAUGGAGAACAUGCUUGAUGACUCAAAAUUGGUGAGGGAUACCCAAAGGAAGUUCAAUGAAUAUCUUAUUGCACAUCCUUGUGCACAUCUUGGAUUAGGGUUUACUGCCAUGGUUUUGAAAGCCGAACACUGGCCAACGGAUAACUCAUUUGCUGAGCUUACUCUUCCUCCUGAAAUGGCUACUUGUGUUGAGGUUUUCAAAGAGUUUUAUAGAAAACCCAAUAGAAAGCUCACAUGGGUCUAUUCUAUGGGUACUUGUGAUAUCACUGGAUAUUUUGAUAGUGGGAUGAAAGAAAUCUCUUCAACGCCUUAUCAAGCUUCUGCAUUGUUGUUAUUUAAUGCAAGAGAAACUCUAAGUUAUUCUGAAAUUAGGUCUCGCUUGAACUUGACAGAUGAUGAAACUAGCCUACUGCUAAACACUCUUGCAUGUGGAGAAUAUAAAAUCCUAAAUAAGUACCCAGACACAAAAAUUGUGGUACAGACUGAUAGGUUUGAUUUCAAUGCAAAGUUUAGUUGCAGAGAGCAGAGAUUCAGUAUUCUACCAACCUUGGAACAAGCUGCCAACAAGAAGGAAAGAGUCGUGAAGAAUGUCAAUGUAUAUAGGCGUGAAGCCAUUGAUGCAUUGGUUGUAAGAAUCAUGAAAAGUAGUAGAAGAGUUUUAGAUCACAAGCAGCUAGUAGAACAGUGCAUUGAGCAAGUUGGAUACAGGUUCCAUCUUGAUAAUACCAUGAUCAAAAAGAGUAUUGAACGACUUAUAGAAAGGGAAUACAUGGUGAGGAGCGAAGAUGAUCCCAACACAUACAUAUACCUGGAUUAA